GGCGGCUCCAGCUCAGCUUUGGGGAUGAAGCAGGAGAGCGCCGGGGGCGGGAGCACACGCUGCUGACUGCGCCAGCCGCGCCGUGUCCUCCGCACCUCGCCGCCUGCAGCCCGCGUCGCCCGCCGGCUCCAGGACCAUGGGCGGCCGGGCACUCGUCGUCCUGUGCUUCCUCUUGGCAGGACUGAGGGCACAGAGCGGGCCAACCUUACCUGUUUCUCUUCCGGCCAAAGCCACCUCCCUGGCUGCCCUCGGGACCAGCUCUGCAUCAAGCCCUGCUGUUCCCACAAUGUCCCUGGCCAGCAGCACUCAGGAUGCCUUGGGACUCCCUGUCACCACAGCGGCCACACUGACACUGCUCCCCAAGAACACUUCCUCUGAGCCCACCCAAGAGGCAAUCGUCAGCCCAGAUCCCAGCCAGCAGCACACUGACCCUGACACCUCACUCCCUGGGUUCUCCUCAACAGCUGGUGGGGUCUCCUCAGCCCUCACACCAGAGGAACACAGCUUGGGUGGUCCCGGGGCCAGCAUGCCAGCCACAGGGUGGCAGUCCCCCACACCCCUAUCCCAGCAAGAUGUAGCCUCUUCCCCGUCAAACCUGUCAACUGCACCACUUCCAGCUCCUUCUGCCCCGGCCCCUUCCAACCACAGCUCCCAGGUGCCCAGCACACAGCCACCGAGGGCUCCCACCGCACCAGCAGAGGAGCCCAGCUUCGGCCAUACAGCCACCACCCAUGCCACAGUGGAGCCGGGGCCCAAGGAGAACACAGCCCAGGAUGCUCAGCCUGGCAAAGCCAUCUGUGGGCCGGAGACCACCACCCCAUUCCUGAUCAUGCAAGAGGUGGGGCACGCACUGAGCUCAGGCAGCGUCGCCGCCAUCACAGUGACAGUCAUCGCCAUGGUGGUGCUGGUGUUUGGCGUCGCGGCAUAUUUAAAGAUCAGGCACUCCUCCUAUGGAAGGCUCUUGGAUGACCAUGACUACGGGUCCUGGGGAAACUACAACAACCCUCUGUAUGAUGACUCCUAACAGUGGAAGGUGGCCCAGUGUGAGGAGGAACUGCUCUUUAUUUAUAAGUGCUUACUCAGUAGAAUUAAUAUCAAGUACCUGAUGUGCAUCGAACGACAAUCUUAAGGCCUGUUUCUUUGGUAUGGUUGUUAUCGUUUUCCUCUCUCUCCUCUGGAGGCCACAACAUCCCCUUUUUGGUAUGUCAGAAUCCUGAUUUCCAGGUGAGUGGUGCUGGGUGGCCACUAAAGGGGUGAGACCUCUGUGGCAGAGGCUCUGGCACCCGUCCUGGACCCACUGUGACAAGGACUGGGGAGAAGGUUUGGGGUUUGGAGGGAUUAAGUACUUUUAGGGGAACUUUUUGGUUAUUUCUUAAACUUCUGUAUAGGAAAUUACAUUAAGGUCAACAGAGAGCAAGGAAAUAAGUCCUGGGCAGCUCUCCCCCUGCAGUGAGGAGGCAGAGGUUGCUCAGAUUCCCUUGUAAUCUGUUUACAAGGUUGUGUCUGACAGGAGCCUGCCCAGCCCUAGAGCCCACAGCUGCUUAUUAGCUGCCUAAUUAGUGCCAUGAACGUGGGCCCUGGGAGGGGGCAGCAGGACAGGGCAGAGCAGCAGGUGGCUGUCUGAUGUCCACCUGUCUCUACCUGUUCUCCCUCCCAGACCUCUCAAAUGCAAAUGGGGAGCCCCUGGGCUUCCUGUGAGGGGAUGCACUUAGUGACCUGAGAAGGGAGAGGUGUGGAGGAAAAGAGAUGAAGCACCUGAGUUCCUGCUGGGGAGCAGAUCCACUGCCUGGAGGAGCCCAACCCUUGCUUUACACCCAUAAAGCAGCUGGUUCACUGCCUUAUUGCCUAUUGAGGGACUGUUGUAAGCUGUUUUAAAAAAUAAAAAAGAGGCACUAGUUUAUCUGCAUUUCCGCAGGAAACAAGCACCAUGAACAGUCCGUUUACUCAUUCUCCCCUUUAAAAAGUGAACACCCUGGGGAGCUGGCACUAAAAUCUUGCACAACAAAUAUUGAAAACUCACUGUCACCCUUGAAAGCAUCCAUUUAUUCCAGCCAUUCUCAAUGAAGAGGUGAUUUUGCCACCCCACCCUAGGACAUCUAAAAACAUUUGGUGGGAUAUUUGAUGGCCUCGAGAUGGGGUUCCACCCUGGGUAGAGGCCUGGACUCUGCUAAACAUCCCACUGUGCCUGCGACGUCUGGUACCAGGAAUUACCCAGCCAAAGCCUUAAAAGUGCUAAGACUGAGAACCCUGGUUCAUUGCAGUGCCCGUGACAGAACAAGACAAUCUUGGAUUUGUCACCACUUUUAUUUUUAACAAAAUGAAGGGAUGUGUCAAGUUUCUGUCUUAGUUUUCUGGGUGAUGGGUUGUUUCUUGGCAUGCAUGGCUGCCCCUCUCGCUUAGGUGUUUCUGACUUUAUUUCAGGGCUCCACCUCUGUCCUUCUCUAUCCUCUGGUGUUACUGUCAUCUCACAUCCUGAUUUCAUAGAGUAGAAAACACAUUUUAAAGAGUGCCGUGUCCUACGAUGUCACAAAGAACAUGGCACUGCAUCAGUAGAGAUGUCAACAGUAUAGAUGCCUUGCCCUGUGGCUCUGUUUUGGAAACAAACAGGAGCAGCACCUGUGUUCCGCCUUCUGAUAUUCCUAAGCCCCUUGGGUCCAGAGGGAGUUCGCCAGAGGUUCCCACAGCCAAAGAGGGGAAGGAAGAAGGAGCUGGUGGGAAUUAGGAUGUCUCUAAAUUCAAUUCAGUGUGGGUCAUCCCAGAAACAAAGCGUUCCAGGUGCCUCCUGGCUGUGCUGGCCUUGAAGAACUGUCCCACCCCUGUCCCACCCCCUCCACAGGGCUUUCUGUCCGGCAAAGAACAAAUCAAUAAAGACAAGACCUUCCAUAAGACUGUGUCCUCCUCACUCAGCCCUAAACAUCUGGACACAAUGUCCGGGAAACACCUUUGGAGAAGGGCACAUCCGGACACUGCCCCUGUCCUCUGUCCUGGGUCACAGGGACAGCCUCUCCCAAGACCUCUGGCCUGUUGAGAGCUACAGAGUGGCAAGUGCCUUUGCUUACCAAAGGCUGCUAGCCAUAGAGACAGCACAGGGCUGGUUUGUUGGUCUAAUUCACUUCCAAGCCUGGUGGCAAUGAGAGGGGUCUGGGCCUCGCUGCAGUGCUCAGCAAGGUGAAAGCUUCCCAUGAAAAUUCAGACAUGCUUGUUGUAUUGGUUAGUAUUAAAUACUUACAGUGCAGCCUUAUUUUGCCAAAGGUAUUUUUUCAGCUUUGGAAUUGGCCAUUGAAUUUUAGUAAGUGUAUUGUACAAAAGUUACUCAAAACACACACGUGUGCAAGCACACACUCACACACACCCCUGAAAUAGAUACUGACAACUGACAUCCUUCCCGUCAAGGAGAACCUAUCCCAUCCACCCGAGGGAAGCUUCGAUGCCUUUGACAGCCAAGCCCACCAGGGCAGGACCCGUCCCCUCUGCAAAGAGGGUGUUAGCAUGGGAAGGAAGUAAGCAGCCUCCUCUCCAUCCAUCGCGCCUGAGCACAGAGCACAAGUCAGCUGUGAGUUCUUUCCCCAGAGCCCUGCAGAGGUGUCCUGCCCUCCACCUGUAUCUGUCAUCUUGAGGAAGGCAAUGCUGUCACACUGGCCUUGCUCCUUCCUACCUCACAGAGGUGCCGUGAGGACUCAUGGAAUCAUGUCUACAGUGUUUCCAGUUUCUGGAGAGACGUAUUUAUAGACUUUAAAUAUUGCAAUGGUAUAUAAGUGAUCUCAGUUUCUUGUUUGCUGUGAUACUUAGGUGUUGUCUUUCCUUAUUCUAUAAAAUUUCAGUUGUGUCCCAGCCACAUCAGAUAGCUGUGAUUGCUCAGAACUGCCCAAGCAAAGCGGACUAGUGGUGGAGUUCACUGUGCCUGGGGUCCCAGAGGGUGGUGUCCAUCUCCUGAUGAAAGAACAGAGGACAAAUUGGGACACAAUUGGCCUUCAACACCCUGAGGUCUCUGGAUUCCUUGUGUAGGUGACUGUGGUCUGAUGUCACCAGUUUGCCCUUCAUCUUGCUUGCAAGGGUGCAUGGUUCCUUCCCUUGCAUCUGGGAAAUGAAUUUUGCUAUUGGGUCAGAUGCUAAUUUGCACGUUGAUUCACCUUCUUUGCCUUUAACCUUUUGUAGGGCAAAUGAAUGUACUAUUUCAGCUUGGGUAUAAAAAGCACUAGAAGAUACUGGUAAUAAUGCUAAGCAAGAAUUCACUGCCAGGUUUCUUUCUUAGGGGAAGUUAGCUGACAUCAUGGAAAGAGGGAGAAAGACAGGCAACUUCUUGGAUAUGUGAUAUCAUUGUUUCUGUCAUUGUUGUAAGACCUGUUACAUACCAGCUAUAAUUGUACCAAUUAAAGUUGUUAAAAGCUGUGUCUGGCUAUCAUGA